GUGUGAGCCAAGCCAUCUCUUUACGUGGAUCUUCUGGUGUGAGAAUAUGGUUUUGUUCGUACGGUUACUUGAGCUACAAGACACAUGCAAACCAUUGGAUGUGCGAACCCAAGUCGUAUAUCGAGUGGCUUCAUGGUUCAGAAUGCCUUUCUGUCCCGGGAAAUUCAGAAAACUGUGGUUAAGUUAAUCGUGGGUAAACAUGCAGUUCAAGCCCAGGCCAUUUUUUUUUUUUUUAACUAUGAUUCACGUGUAAACUGUUCAAUUCGAGAAACGAAACCACUGUAUUUGCGGAUUUCGGUUAUUCCGUAAAAACAGAAUUUUUGGCUGAGUCUUUUUUAAUGCAGAAAUAUAAAUUGUCCUUGUUGACAGAUAACUAGUGAUAUUUGUGAGCUGCUUAUGAGCAAUACAGCGUUGUCUGAUAUGCCUGAUUAUUCUCCAAUCAAGUAUUUGCUAUAUUGGAUUACCUUUUUUCCAUGGGGCACACAUGUUCUAGACUUCUGACAUGUUUUCCUUAAAGGAUUCAGAAUUAGGAGCUUUCACCUUUUUUGCUUCAGCUCUCCCAAAUGAUGUUUGUGGCAGCAAUGGUCUACCUUUGACUCCAAACUCCAUAAAGAUCCUGGGCCGCUUUCAGAUUCUUAAGACACUUACACAUCCCCGGCUUUGCCAGUAUGUGGAUAUUUCUCGUGGAAAACACGAGAGGCUGGUGGUUGUUGCUGAACAUUGUAGAAACAGCCUGGAAGAUUUGCUUCGAGACAGGAAACCAGUGAGUCCUUUUAGAACAUUAUGCAUCGCCUUUGAAGUGCUACAAGGCUUACAGUAUCUCAAUGAGCAUGGACUAGUCCACCGAGCGCUCUCACCUCAUAAUAUCCUCAUGGAUGGAGAAGGGCAUAUUAAAUUGUCAAAAUUUGGCCUUUAUCAUAUGACUGCUUAUGGUGUAGAUGUUGAUUUUCCUAUAGGGUACCCAUCAUACCUGGCCCCUGAAGUAAUUGCACAGGGAAUUAUAAAAUGCAAUGAUCACAUGCAGAUUGAAAAGGCCCUACGUUCUGGUCCUAAAUCAGAUGUGUGGUCUCUUGGUAUUAUAUUAUUUGAACUUUGUAUGGGCAGAAAGCUGUUCCAGAGUUUGGAUGUAGCUGAAAGACUAAAACUGAUACUUAAUCUUGGGUGUGUUGAUGACAUCAUAACAGUGCUAGCUGAGGAACAUGGAUGCUUGGAGAUUCUGAAGGAAGUUCCUGAAAAUAUUUUAGCUCUACUUAAGAAAUGUCUUACAUUCCAUCCUUCCAAACGACCUACUCCUGGAAAACUAUUGAAUGAUUCAGUGUUCAGUGAAAUUUCAUCUUUAUAUCCAACCUUCCAUACACCUGUCAGUUUUUUCUCAUCUAAUCUAAGAUGUGCUCAUUUAUCUCUUCCUGAGGAUAUUAAUGAGUUAUUUCAAGAGGAAAGUUCUGAUUAUCUAGCAGAAAGGACAAUUGAAGAAGUUUAUUAUCUUUGGUGCUUGGCUGGAGGUGACUUGGAGAAAGAGCUUGUCAACAAGGAUAUCAUUCAUUCCAAGCCUCCCAUCUGCACACUUCCUAUUUUUUUGUUUGAAGAUGGGGAGAGCUUUGGACAAGGGCGUGAUAGAAGUUUCCUUUUGGAUGAUACAACUGUGACGCUAUCACUGUGUCAGCUCAGGAAUAGAUUGAAAGAUGUUGAUGGAGAAGCAUUUUAUCCAUUGCUUGAAGAUGACCAAUCAAAUAUACCUCAUUCAAAUAGUAACAAUGAAUUAUCUGCUGCUGCCAAACUUCCUCUUAUUAUUCGAGAACGGGAUACUGAAUAUCAACUAAAUAGGAUUGUCCUAUUUGACAGACUACUGAAGGCCUAUCCAUAUAAAAAAAAUCAAAUUUGGAAAGAAGCCAGAGUUGACAUUCCCCCUCUUAUGAGAGGUUUAACUUGGGCAGCAUUACUUGGAGUAGAGGGAGAUAUUCAAGCAAAAUAUGAUGCUAUUGAUAAGGACACUCCUAUUCCUACAGAUAGACAGAUUGAAGUUGACAUCCCUCGCUGUCAUCAGUACGAUGAACUGCUGUCAUCACCAGAAGGCCAUGCAAAAUUUAGGCGGGUUUUGAAAGCCUGGGUAGUUUCUCAUCCUGAUCUUGUAUACUGGCAAGGUCUUGAUUCCCUUUGUGCACCUUUCCUGUAUCUAAAUUUCAACAAUGAAGCUUUGGCCUAUUCCUGCAUGUCUGCUUUUAUUCCAAAAUAUCUCUAUAAUUUCUUUCUAAAGGAUAAUUCUCAUGUUAUUCAAGAAUAUCUUACAGUAUUCUCCCAAAUGAUUGCAUUCCAUGAUCCUGAACUGAGUAACCACCUCAAUGAAAUAGGUUUCAUCCCAGAUCUAUAUGCUAUUCCUUGGUUUCUUACAAUGUUCACACAUGUCUUUCCUUUGCACAAAAUCUUUCAUCUGUGGGAUACAUUACUACUGGGAAACUCUUCCUUCCCAUUCUGUAUUGGAGUAGCCAUUCUACAGCAACUGAGGGAUCGUCUUCUCUCCAAUGGAUUCAAUGAGUGCAUUUUGCUGUUUUCUGAUUUACCAGAAAUAGAUAUUGAACGGUGUGUCCAUGAAUCAAUUAACCUUUUCUGCUGGACUCCCAAGAGUGCUACAUAUAGACAAUAUGCACAACAUCCCAAACAAACCAGUGAAGGCAACUCUACAAGAAGUCUAAUAUCUUGUUUCUCAUCAGACUAUCAGGAUGCAUCCAGGAGUGACCUGUCUAGGGAUUCUAUCAAAUUAAACGAUCUGAAAUCUGAAGUGUCACCACGGAUCUCAGCUGAAGAUUUGAUUGACCUCUGUGACCUGACAGGACCUGGCCAUUCUAAAACGCCACCAAAGAAGACAAAGUCUAGCAAACCAAAGUUGCUUAUUGUUGACAUUCGGAACAGUGAGGAUUUUAACCGUGGACAUAUACCAGGAAGUAUCAAUAUCCCAUUUGGAUCAGCAUUCACUGCUGAAGGAGAAUUUAUCCAGUGCCCUGCUACUUCCACUCUUCAGAGCUUUAAAGGGAGAGUUGUGGUGAUAGUAGGACAUGUGCCAAAGAAUGCAGCACAGUUCGCAGCUCAUCUGGUGAAAAUAAAAUAUCCAAGAAUUUGCAUUUUGGAUGGUGGUAUAAACAAAAUCAAGCCAACAGGUCUUCUAACAGUUCCUUCUCCACAAAUAUGACCAGAAAAGCCUCAAGUGUCUCCUAGCUCUAUGGGGAAAAAAACCUCUUAAGAGUACAACAACAUUUUAAUUCUGCUCAUGCCCCAAAUAUUGUGUCUGUUUACAGUGGUUUUUCAGUUGAGUGGGUUUUUUUUUAAUUUAUCAUUUUUACAGAACUUAGCUGGAAGAAGCUAUAAAGCACGGGUCUCAAACUCGAUCACAUCAUGUGAUGUAUCGUGAUGUUUUUCGCCUUUGUGGAGCGGGGAUGGGCAUGGCCUGUGUGUGACGCCUCUGGCCCGCGGGCCGCCAGUUUGACACUCCUGCUAUAAAGCAUUAAAAUGAUGUAAUUCUAAGAAAUCUUCAAUUAUUUGAGCUUUGUCUAUCCACCAAGAGAGAAAAACAUAGUUGUAUAUAUAUAAAAUCUGCCCUUAUUAACUCAAAUUAUGAGUUUGAAAUUACAUGAAUGAAUAAUAUCAUUUGAGUGACUGAUAUAUUUAAGAUAUAAUUAUUUCAGUCCAAGAAUUAAUUUGUUUGACUUAAUAGUUUAUCAGGACCAUGGAAUAUUUAAAAUCAAGUAAGGGGAAAAAAACUAGAAAUUGCUUUCAUAACCUGCUUGUUAAAUCUUUUACAGAAUGUUUUUAUAGAAAUAUGUCCAAACAUUUUUCACUCACUUGUUUGUUAAGCUGUGAUAGUGCAGCAGUUGUCAUGAAAUAGCCUUAAUUGUCUGUUAAAUUUAAAUAUAUUCUGCUUUGAAAAUUAUUUGUAAAAGAAUAAACUUUUACAUUUGAAAUAUUGUUUCUGUAAAUAUUAGCUUUGCUAAUUAAGAACUGUAUCUCUCUGUUUGUGUUCCCUAAAUCCUCAUCAGUGCAAAAAAUUGAAAUUGACCGGAUAAUUUUCUCAUUAAGAGACUGGAAUGCUUUUACAAUCCAGAACAAUGUAUGAUUUGAAAAAUCUAAAUGGCAGUGUAAAAAAUAGAGUUUGUGCAAGGUCAUUUCUCCCACAAGAUCAUUAAGAGUUUUUUUUCAGGUGUAAUUUUUUAUUUUAUUAAUUUGGGACACUUAUGUAAGAGUACCAUUAGAUAUGGUGAACAUUAUUUCCCACAAACAAAUUACUUAUGUUUAAAUACCAUCAAAAAAUAAGAUUAAAAUAAAAUGGCAAAUAUUUACCCUAAA